CUAAAGGAUCGUUGGUGUUUAGGCGCAAUCAAAGCACAGGAACAAUUGAAAAUCGUACGUGAAAGGGCAAUAAUUUAAACAAAAAAAGAGAAACCCGUGCCAAAUGCCGAUGAUGGGUGUGAAUUUAUGUUGCUGUUUAUGACAAAGCUUCAUGCUUUUUGUCUAACAUAGUAGAGAGUAUACUACACAUUGGGGUGAAACAACUGUACAAACAGUGAUUCACAGUGACAUCCUGUGCCCCAUCGCGCACAUGUGGCCUAAGUGAAUAAUUUGCCUUUGAUUGGUGAAGAAUGCAAUAGUCGUUUUUAUGCAUUUGAUACGAUCUUAUCCAAAGUAUUAGAGCAUCGUAUGCUCAUGACGAUUUAUUUUUUGCGUCUUGCUGAAAGUUAACGAUCUCUUUUAUCUUUUGCGGAUUGUUAAAAACAGCGUCCGAGAAGCGUUUUUCAACAUUUUUGAUUCUUAUUCUGAAAUUGUUUGAUGUGAUGUAAUGUUUGCUUGAGAAUUAGGUAGGUCAAAUUAGCAUACAUCAGCAACGGGGCAGAACGCAUUUUCACUUAUUUUCAUGUUUAUUAGUGUGUGCCAAAUACUGAGCGCAGAUUCAAUGAUUUACUUUGCCGGUAGAAUGUCUCGAACGAAGUUGCACAAUUCGUAAGCAAACGUGAAAUGUAUUAUUUGUUUAGCACCAGAAAAGUAUUCGAGUUCAUAAAGCAAGCGUGUGAUAAGCAAGGCUUAUGUGUGUGUGCGUUUAGCGGCGGACGUGAAGGUCGUUAUGAUUAGCAUAAAAUGUGUUAGCAACCGGCGAUCCCACUCAAACUGUUGACGACGAUCGAAGAUCAAUGGACUUUUUGGUUGUUUUGUGUGCAUCUUCUAAGUGUAGCUGUACGGAUGCGUCAACUCACAAUGGGGCGGUUUGUGGUCCUAUGCUGGUGGUUCUUGCUGCUGACCAACACGAUAUACCGAACGCAAGUUGCGUGCAGUUCUGUUCUAGUGGCCGACUUCCGGAUGACGCGAAUGGUUGAACUAAGCAGUCGACCUCCGUACUGCAAGAUCCACUCUGACCGUGGAGACAUUCAGCGCAUGCUUUUAGCAUCGGACACGAAGAAGGUACGGCAAGUGCCGCGAGAAUCGGUAAUAGCCCUGGAAGAGGUAUGUGGCGAAGCUAGUAACAUUUCCGGAGAGCUGCAAGGAGGGCUGGGAUUUAUUUACCCUGGCACUAAAUGGUGUGGACCAGGUACUAUCGCAACAAACUAUUCCGAUGUGGGACGAUAUGCUGCCGAAGAUCAGUGCUGCCGAGAACAUGACUUGUGCCCUAAUGUGUUACUCCCGGGCGAGUGCCGCCGUGGGUUAUGCAACCGUGGCGCCUUCACUCGUUCUCAUUGCGACUGUGACGCACGUUUCAGAAGAUGUUUGCAGAACUUAAACACGGAGACGGCCAACACACUUGGUGCUAUAUUCUUCAAUGUCGUACAGGUGACAUGCUUUGGCGAAAGAAGACCGUGCUCAGUUUGGCAAAGUGGCAGCCACUCGGGAUACGAUUGUCCCGUACAGUUCUAUCGCUCUGGCACGUACAACCUACCGUUUGGUGGUGCGUAUAAUAAACAAGCAAAUUCGCUACGAAACUCGCGGUCGUUUGACCUGGGCAGCCCGAAUGACGUUACCGGUGGAAAUCAAUUGAAAAUCAACUCGCUGGGCUUAAUAUCGCAGAAUUUGUUUAAGGACCUGUUUGUGAGGCCGCUAAACGGCUAUACACGCUACUGGAUAACGGCAAAGUCGAUCGUAUACGGAUGAACGUUACUGUUUCCAGGAAUGCUUGAAUGAUCCGGGUCCGAUAGAGAUUGAGACUGUCUGUAUAAGGUUUACAGUACAUUGCUAAAACCCAUGAGGUUCAAAACCUCUCAAAACACCAGCAACAACAAUACAUUGCUAGACUUGUUAUUUGAGCAAUAGGAAUCGAAAUCAGGAAUCGAUUAACGCUCGCACAGAUGUUCCAUUCAAUUACCAGUAUUUCAUGGCCAACUGUAUAGUUACCUUAGUUUUCCUCAGGGCUAGAUCAGUAUUUGUUAGUGAGUGUUUGCUACCUAAUUGUAAGUGUAACUCAUUUUGGAACAAAGUACCUCAAACGCCUCAAACACCUCAAACGCUCCACACAAUGAUGGUCUGCUGUGAGUACAGGUCAGAGAAAAUUUUGAAUGAAUGUAGCCAUGAAAAUAGCGGGUGAAAGAGUGGUCCGAAAUUUAAUGGCCGCAAAGAAAAACGAAAGCUGAAGCGACGGAAGCUGACCACGUCAAGGCACAGCGGAAACAAAGCCAUGCGGCCUCAAAAUGUGAACAGCUCAUGGACAAUGAGUGGGCUUCAACCAGACGGAAGCGGACGAGCUAUGCUCAAGGUGGAAGUAUCGGCCGAGCGAAAAAUACAUCCCAAUCAUGCAGCAAAAGUCGAAUAAAUAACUAGC